GACAACUUCCGGCAAGCAUGGCCGCUGCGAAUUUACCGAACGAGCAACAAGAAGAAGAUGCCUCAGAAUUACGCUUUCCUAAAGAAUUUGAAAAUGCCGAGACCCUCCUGAUCUCUGAAGUUCAGAUGUUGUUAGAACACAGAAAACAACAGAAUGAGAGUGCAGAGGAAGAGCAGGAAUUAUCAGAAGUGUUCAUGAAAACAUUAAACUACACAUCAAGAUUCACAAAGUUCAAAAACAGAGAAACAAUAUCCGCUGUCAGAAGCUUGCUUAUGCAGAAGAAGCUCCAUAAGUUUGAGCUGGCAGCUUUAGCCAACCUAUGUCCAGAAAAUGCUGAUGAAGCUAAGGCCCUUAUACCAAGUCUGGAAGAAAAAUUUGAAGAUGAAGAACUACAGCAGAUACUUGACGAUAUUCAGACCAAGAGAAGUUUCCAGUAUUGAGAAGCCAGAAGGUUCUCUCCAUGGAAAUUGUUUGAGUCAAGAUCUGAUCUGUAUUACUUGGGAUAAACUAAGUGAAUGAGCAGUGAUGAGACUCUGACUGACAUUAAAAUGACAGUGGCAGCCUGUGUAGUGCUAUUCAAAGAAUAUAUGUUUGUCAAGUGAGUAAAAGUAGACUGCUCCAUGUUUUGGACAUGCAGAUGCAGGCAGGGUGUGUGCUGGGUUUAUCAUAGCAAGUUGCAGUCAUGAAGAAUUCACAGAAAGAACAUUUUAGAACUAUAUCAUGUGACACCACCAAAGACCAGAUUAUAUAGGGAUCCCCUUCACAGUACUGUAGAUUUUGAUAGACCAAAUGUUAAUUGGAGAAAUCUGGCUGACUGUUCCUAUGAAACUGUCCAGUUUCAGGGGCAUAAUAGUCCAGUGGUAUAAAUGUUGUCUGUGAAUAGCUGUAUGUGUGUUUGGGAAUGAACUUCAUGCAGAUAAAUGCUUCCAUCUUCAUGCUUUAACCAGACAGGUGGAGGAUCGUUGAAAAACACUGACAGGAAAUUCAAAUGUCAUACAGCAUAAAUGAUAGUGAAAUAAAGACUA